GUCUGGCGUUACCGGCGGGCGCGGCGCGAUGCCCGCGGCGGGCUGGGCGUGGGAGCUCCGCUUGCGGCCGAGCACCCGCAUCCCCGGCCGCCUCGGCUCGCCCCCGCCGCCCCGGGCCCGGGCAGGAAGGAGCUGAAGAUCGUGAUCGUGGGGGACGGCGGCUGCGGCAAGACGUCGCUGCUCAUGGUGUUCAGCCAGGGCGCCUUUCCCGAGCACUACGCCCCCUCGGUGUUUGAGAAGUACUCGGCCAGCGUGACGGUGGGCAGCAAGGAGGUGACCCUGAACCUGUACGACACGGCCGGACAGGAGGACUACGACCGGCUUCGACCCCUGUCCUACCAGAACACCCACCUUGUGCUCAUAUGCUAUGACGUCAUGAACCCCACCAGCUACGAGAACGUCCUCAUCAAGUGGUUCCCGGAGGUCACACAUUUCUGCCGGGGGACCCCCAUGGUGCUCAUUGGCUGCAAGACGGACCUGCGCAAGGACAAGGAGCAGCUGCGGAAGCUGCGGGCAGCCCAGCUGGAGCCCAUCACCUACAAUCAGGGCCUGAGCGCCUGCCAGCAGAUCCGCGCUGCGCUCUACCUCGAGUGCUCGGCCAAGUUCCGGGAGAACGUGGAGGACGUGUUCCGGGAGGCCGCCAAGGUGGCGCUCAGUGCACUGAAGAAAGCGCAGCGGAAGAAACACCGCCGGCUUUGCGUGCUGCUGUGAGCCGGCCACCAAGGUCCUGGGCGGGGCUCACUGCGAGAGGACGCCAGGGCCUCGCCUGAGGGCCCACGCUGGUGGCCAGUGAGGUCCCUGUAUGGAGCCAGCCCUUGUUCCCGAGCGCCCCCCUCCCAGGGUCCCCUGUGCACACCCAGCUCGUGGGUACAACUUGGAAUACGCCAGGGACCUGGGCAGUCGUGACUUGGCGCCACCCUGCACAAGCGCCCAGCCCUGCUGCCCGAGCCGCCGCCCUGGGCUCCCGAGAUAGGCAGGCUGCAUCCUCCUGCCUCUUCCUCCCCCCGCCCCCCGGGAACUCGGGCCACCAUGGGGCCAGAGCCUAUCGGGACGCAACAGGCGGCAGCCCCGGAUGUGGGGCGGGCACCAGCCGCCCUCUUCCUCUCCAUUCCGCGUAGAGGACCUGGGCCUCGGCAGGGCCACCGUCUGUUCAGAGCUGGGCACAAGUACCCAGGGGGAGAAGGACAAUCUCGAAAUGCCGAGUGCCUGCCCUGGGCCGCCCCUCUGACCCUGCUCCAGGUCUCCCUGCCCCGGGGACAGGGUGGAAAGUCUGCUCUCUGCAUAGAGCGCAUCCCAUCCAAGCCAGGAGCGGGCCGUCUAGCAGGUCUGAGCACAGAACCACAGCACCGCCUGGCACACACGGACAGCGUCUCUGGACAAGACCCCCGACGUCCUGAGAGCCACAUCCCUGAGCCCCACAGUUCUAGGGUUGGGGCCUGGGCUGCUCUGAUGCCCUCAGCUGAGAGCUGCUUGUUCUGGAGCAAGUAGGACCUGGUGCUGCUGCAGGAGCCAUGGCCUUGGCCAGCGACCUCCUGCCUCAGCCUCCCUCUGCUGGCUAGAUCAAGUCAGGCUGCUAGGAAGGGGACUGUGGAAGCCCCACCCCCGGGGGAGGGAGCCAGACGUCCUGUUUCAUAGAACCCAAGGCCUGGGGCAGAGGCCAGCAUACUACGUACAGCCCGUGGGCCGCACCUGGCCACUACCUAGUUUUGUAAAUAAAGUUUUAUUGGCACAUGGCCACACCUA